CGUCGUUGAAUGAUUCCGAAAAAAUUAGUCACCAAAAGGGAGGAGGGGACGCUAGUGAUGUCGUUCAGUGUAGAGAGUGCACGCACACGGCAGGUGGGGGAAAAAAAUCAAUAGCAGCCCCUCUGAAGCGGCUCGUGCAAGUAAACAGAAACACCCUGACCCACAUACGUUCAGGGACGUUCUUCCCGGGAAGUGUCUCAUACGCUCGCGUUUGAUAUGACCACGGUCACCGCCGUGCUCGUGUACUACGUCGUCGUCACCGUCGUCUCCGUGCGGUUGACGGAGGAGCCGUUCGUCGUCGGUGGUUCGUAGGCGCUCUGGAAAGAGGGCCAAUUCUGAUCGAAACCCAGGCGCCGGAGCCACCAUGAUAGGCCGAUUCCGUGCGAACCGCAGCGCGUUCGUUGUCAUAAGGCAGGUGUCCGUCAGGCUUAUUUACACCACUAUAAAGUUAGCCUAACCAAAGAAGUCAACUUAUCUAACAGCAUGGCUACCAAAUCUAGUCUAAGGUCAAAAUGGGAUGAGUUUGUGGAUUCUUCAACAGCAACUGCUGUUGAACUUUCUAGUGCAAACCAAAUGUCUACUGGGGUUCGAAAUGUAGUCGGUUGGCUUAAACAGGCAUCAUUAGAAGUUCAACACGCUAGUUUACGAACUCUAACUGCAAUGACUGAUCAUAUAUCUGGUUCAACACCUCCUUUAAUAAUUCUUCAUUUUAAUGAUGUUUACAAUGUUGAACCAAGAGAUCAAGAACCAUGUGGAGGUGCAUCUAGAUUUUCAACAAUGAUCAAAUCAUUUGCACAUCAACAACCUAUGAUAUUAUUUAGUGGAGAUGUAUUUUCUCCUAGUAUAUUGAGCACAUUUACUAAAGGAGAGCAAAUGUCUAAGGUGCUAAACGAGCUUGGCACUCAAUGUGCUGUUUAUGGUAAUCAUGAAUUUGAUUUUGGCCUAGAAGUUUUAUCAGAACGUAUUUCUGAAACUAAAUUUCCGUGGCUAAUGUCCAAUGUGGUUGAUAACGAGACUGGUAGACCUUUAGGAGAUGGUAAAAUCACACAUGUUAUGGAUUGGCAUAAUAAGAGAAUAGGACUAGUAGGCUUAGUGGAACGAGAAUGGUUAGACACACUAGCUACUAUUGAUCCCGAAGAAGUUACAUUUAUUGACUUUGUACAAGCUGGUCAAUCAUUAGGAAAACAACUUAAAGAAGAUGGCUGUGAUUAUGUAAUAGCUCUCACUCAUAUGCGUAUGCCAAAUGAUAUCAAGUUAGCAGAAAAUGUAAAUGAAAUAGAUUUAAUUCUUGGUGGCCAUGACCAUAAUUAUGAUGUACAAGUGAUUAAUGGUAGACAUAUUAUCAAAAGUGGAACUGACUUUAGAGAAUUUUCUAAAGUAACUGUCAACCUUGAUGAACUUAAUAAUCCAGUUGAUGUAAAAAGGAUAGAAAUCACCAAAGAAAUCGAGGAAGAUAUAGUUAUGAAAGAAAUCUUGGAUUCUUACUCAGGUAUAAUGGAAGGAAAAAUGAGUGAAGUAUUAGGUACAUUCACUGUUGAAUUAGAAGGACGUUUUAGUCAAAUAAGAACUGCUGAAACCAAUCUUGGAAACUGGGUAUGUGAUGUGUUAUUGGCUGCCACAGGAGCGGACUUAGUGAUUUUAAAUUCGGGUACUUUCCGAUCAGAUCGUAUUCACCCACCAGGAGAUUUUACUUUGGGUGAUCUUGUUAAUAUUGUACCCAUGCAAGAUCCUACUAUAGUCAUAUUAGUAACUGGGAAACAAAUUUUAGAUGCAUUAGAAAACAGUGUUUGUAAGUACCCUAAAACAGAAGGAAGAUUCCCUCAAGUGUCUGGAAUAAGUUUUGGUUUCGAUCCAGAAGCAGAACCUGGGAAAAGAAUUGAACCCAAUUUAGUAAGAAUCGGUGAUGAAUAUCUUGUUCCUGAUCAAUCAUACAAAUUGGCCACUAAAUGUUAUUUACACAAUGGAUGUGAUGGAUAUACAAUGUUAAAAAACGCACCUGUGAUUGUGAAUGACGAAGAAUGUCCAGAGUUAGGAUUAGCUAUCCAAAAUCAUUUUUCUGCUAUUCAAAUGCGGUUAGGUAAAUCACGUCGUUUAUCCAAACACAGGCAAAGCUUAAUUACACUUUCUCGAAGACAUAGUUUGGUGAAGUCAAUGGAAGGAAAUGAAUGGGAAGGUGGACCAUCACCACUCAGACGAGGUUCCUUAACAUCACCUAGUCUGUCAAUCCAUCAUCAUGGUUAUUCACAUUCUCCAUCACCACCAUCUUCUAAUCAUCAUUUUCAUCAUCAUCAUCAUCAUCAUCAUAAAAUAAACAGACGUGCUAGUUUUGAUGAUCUAGAACAUCAAACUUGUCAACUAUCUCCAAAAGUUCAAAACAGAAUUGUUAAACUUAAUGCACAACUUCGACAAGAAAUGCUAGUGGAAAGGCAACGUCAAGAAGAUGAAUCUAUUAUACAGGAAGUCGAUGAGCUAAACAACUCUCCUCAAGACAGUUUUGACCAUUCUUAAAUUAUUCAAAUAUAGUCCUCGUAGUUAUUUUUUCAUUUUCUUGUUCCUUUUCCAGUCAAUUCAAUAGUUAUGUUAUUUACCAUUUCCAUUUUAUUAAUCAACAUCUCACUUCCUAGUAUUAUUAUUUUGAACUUUUAAUAGUGACCAUAUUAAUUAUAUCACAAUCACUUAAUGAAAAAUGUUCUUAAUACUUUUAUUUUAAUUAUCUAUAACUAUUACUAUAACUAAAACUUUCAAUUUAAUUGAUGAAUUAUAAAAGGUUAGAUAAAUCUAGCAAGCAUUAAGUUUGACGUUUCCAGUUUCAAAUAUUG